CUACGCACUUGCAAUCACAUCGAUCAAAUUUUAACUUCUCCAAAUAGCUAUGGCAACUACUACCUCUCUAUUGUCUUCCUGUCUCUGUGCUCUUCUCUUGGCUCCGCUCUUUAGCCAAGGUGUAGAUGCAUGGGAAAGCCGACAAGGGGCUUCCAGGCAGUGCAGAUUUGAUAGGUUACAAGCAUUUGAGCCCCUAAGAAAGGUACGAUCGGAAGCUGGGGACACAGAGUACUUUGAUGAGAGAAAUGAGCAGUUUCGAUGCGCUGGUGUCUUUGUCAUUCGGCGCGUGAUUGAGCCACAAGGCCUUGUGGUGCCUCGAUACUCGAACACUCCUGCUCUAGCCUACAUAAUCCAAGGAAAAGGUUACGUAGGAUUGACUUUUCCUGGUUGCCCAGCAACACACCAACAACAAUUCCAACUAUUUGAACAAAGACAGAGCGACCAAGCUCAUAAGUUUAGAGAUGAGCACCAGAAGAUUCACGAAUUUAGGCAAGGGGAUGUUGUUGCACUUCCGGCUAGUGUUGCACAUUGGUUCUACAAUGGUGGUGAUACACCGGCUGUUGUUGUCUAUGUUUAUGACAUAAAAAGUUUUGCUAAUCAGCUUGAACCAAGGCAGAAGGAGUUUUUAUUAGCUGGUAACAACCAGAGAGGGCAACAAAUAUUUGAACAUUCCAUCUUUCAACACUCUGGACAAAAUAUAUUUAGUGGGUUCAAUACUGAGGUACUUAGCGAGGCCCUUGGAAUAAACACGGAGGCUUCCAAGAGGCUCCAAAGUCAAAAUGACCAAAGGGGAGAUAUCAUUCGAGUGAAGCACGGGCUUCAAUUGUUGAAACCCACAUUAACACAACGACAGGAAGAACAUCGUCAAUAUCAACAAGUCCAGUAUCGUGAAGGACAAUAUAAUGGAUUGGACGAGAAUUUCUGUACAAUAAAGGCAAGGGUAAACAUUGAAAAUCCUAGCCGCGCUGACUACUACAACCCUCGUGCUGGAAGGAUAACCCUUCUUAACAACCAAAAGUUCCCUAUUCUCAACCUUAUUGGAAUGGGUGCUGCAAGAGUAAACUUAUACCAGAAUGCUCUUCUCUCACCCUUCUGGAACAUUAAUGCCCAUAGUGUAGUGUAUAUCAUCCAAGGAAGUGUGCGAGUACAGGUUGCCAAUAAUCAAGGAAGAUCUGUGUUUAAUGGUGUACUUCAUCAGGGGCAACUAUUAAUCAUACCACAAAACCAUGCCGUCAUUAAGAAAGCCGAGCACAAUGGGUGCCAGUAUGUCGCAAUAAAGACAAUUUCGGACCCUACGGUGAGUUGGGUUGCUGGAAAGAACUCCAUAUUACGUGCAUUGCCUGUAGAUGUUAUUGCCAAUGCUUAUCGUAUCUCGAGGGAUGAAGCCCGACGUCUAAAGAAUAAUAGGGCAGAUGAGAUUGGCCCUUUUACUCCUCGUUUCCCCCAGAAGAGCCAGCGGGGUUACCAGUUCCUAACUGAAGGCCUCUCUUUAAUCGGCAUGUAAAACUUAUAGAUUAUGAGUACUAUGCAAGCAAAAAUAAUAAAGCACAUCAAGCUUGUUGUGGAUGCUUUGCAAUAGUUUUAUGUACUUUGUUUUGCAAAGAACAAAAUUAAAACAAAACUGAGUUCAUGAUGUCCUUUUUCUUUCA